UGAAGGGGAUCUGAUGUGUGAAAUUGCAGCAGUAUACUGUAAGACUUAUUAUUAUAUUAUUUUUAUUUACUUACUAGAUAUUUAUGUGGUUGUUUUGACUUCUGUGACUAUGUUGAACUACUUUAACAGCUGAAAGUUGGUUCACCGAAAAUAAAUAAACUAGGUUUUGGUCAAGAGGAAGGAGAUUCUCACGUGCCCUUUGAUUCUGCUUCCGGCAGUGACACUGGUCAGGAAAACAGAAGUGAGAAGUUGCAUUCAGCAGGGAGGAACCACACCGCUUCAUAGCCAUUGCUUUGGCUUCAAGACACAGCAAAAAAGGAGCCAACAUGGAUGUGGAUUAUAUUGAAUAUGAUGAUUACACUGCAGGCAAUGAAACUGAGAACAGCAACAUCACAGCAGAAUAUACUUCAAGAGGUUCUGAGUUGUCUUUGUCUCACGUUCUGGUAGCAGUCAACAUCAUUAUAUUGGUCUUUGGCCUCGGAGGAAAUUCUUUAGUGAUAUGGAUUUGUGGAUGGAAAAUGAAAAGAACCGUCAUCACCACCUGGUACACCAGUCUGGCCAUUUCAGACUUUUUAUUCUGUGUCUUUUUGCCCCUGGAAGUAUUCUACAUGAUCACCUCACACUGGCCAUUCGGACUGUUUUUGUGCAAGCUCGCCUCCUCUGCCCUUUUUCUCAACAUGUACAGCAGUGUGUUUCUGUUGGUUCUAAUCAGCGCUGAUCGCUGUGUGAUGAUUUAUUGUCCUGUGUGGUCACACAACCACCGGACAGUGAAGAAAGCAUUGGGAGGGAUCGUGCUUGUGUGGGUCCUUUCUGCACUCCUAACGUUGCCCUCGCUAAUGUUCAGACAAACCACAGUCAAGGGCUCCGUCACCCAGUGCCACACCAGUUACGUGGACCAUUCCACGCACAAGGCCGUGGUCAUGACUCGAUUCAUCUGCGGAUUCCUUAUUCCUUUCCUAAUGAUUGUGUCCUGCUGCUCGAUGCUCUGUGUGAAGCUGAGAAGUUUGACCAUUAAGUCAUCAAAGCCUUACAAAGUCAUGGCGGCGCUCAUCUUAACAUUUUUCUUCUGCUGGGUCCCUUAUCACAGCUUUGUUCUUUUAGAGUCAGACAUGAAGAACCACAGCCUGGACUUACUUCAAACUGGCCUAAAGGUGGGGGCCACCCUGGCUGCGGCAAACAGUUUUGUAUCCCCGAUUCUCUAUGUGUUCAUUGGUAAUGACUUUAAACAAGUCCUAAAGCGGUCUUUGACGUCAAGGAUGGAAGAGGCAAUGGCGGAGGAUUUAGGGACAAUUGGUCUCAGUCGUUCAAAGUCUAAAACAGUGGAAAUGAUCUAAAAUGAAGUGGUAACCGUUGUCAUCAGUGACUAGGAGUGUUUCGCAGUACAGAACAUGAUUAUAGGGUGGCUCAUGCUGACCUUGGGUACUGUAUAUCCAUAUCUCAAUGAUCAAUGGUGGCGUAAUCUCACUCAUUUUUACACAGUAUCAAAAUUGCACAACACAAUGUGGUCAUUUUGACGGUGUUGGUCAGCUACACAUUAUCCUAUGUUUAACCUUUUAAAAUAUACCUUCUUUUUAUGUUUUGAUUGUAUUUUGUUCAUUAUUUUGUUUGCAAAACAGUUUGCUUGAAACUUUAUUCUGUUACUCCUUUUAUUAAAUAUUG